AGGCCAUCGCGGGGCUCAAUGGGAUGCAGCUCGGGGACAAGAAGCUGCUGGUGCAGCGGGCGAGCGUCGGCGCCAAGAACGCCACCCUGAGCACGAUCAACCAGACGCCGGUGACGCUGCAGGUGCCGGGGCUGAUGAGCUCUCAGGUGCAGAUGGGCGGGCACCCCACGGAGGUGCUGUGCCUGCUCAACAUGGUGCUGCCCGAGGAGCUGCUGGACGACGAGGAGUACGAGGAGAUCGUGGAGGACGUGCGCGACGAGUGCGGCAAGUACGGCACCGUCAAAUCCAUCGAGAUCCCGCGGCCCGUGGACGGCGUCGAGGUGCCGGGCUGCGGAAAGGUGAGAUACGGGCUUACCUGUGCUCAGGUGUGCUCAGGUGUGCUGGGAAUGGGCACUGAGGGGUGGGAAUGGAACAAAUCCAUCGAGAUCCCGCGGCCCGUGGACGGCGUCGAGGUGCCGGGCUGCGGAAAGUACGCCCCCCCCGCGCAGGGGGACCCCUCUCUGCAGCCGCAGCCCCCCCAGUACUACCAGUGGUACCAGCCCUACGGGGGGGGCUACUACCCCUACGGCUACUACUACCCACUGGGGGUGUACCCCGGCUAUGGGGCGCCCACCGCCCCCUACGCCGCGGGGGGAGGGGGCUCCUACGCCGCCGCCCCCCCCCAGCAGCAGCCCCCCGCCCCCCCCCAGCAGCAGAGCGGCCUGGGCCAGGGGGGCUCCACCCCCUACCCCUCCCCCCACUACGGCGAGGGGCCCCCCCCGAAGGGCAAGAAGGGGGGGGGGCAGCUCUGGAGCCGCAUGAAGCAGGCUCCGGGCUCGGGGGGUCUCAAGUUCCAGCUGCCCAAGCGCCCCUUCGUGCUGCCCCCCCCGGCCUUUGGGGAGCAGCCCCGGGGGGGCGGCGCCUUCGGGGGCCCCCCCGGCCCCGAGAAGCUGCACGGGGGGCACGGAGAGCCCCGUGGGGCGGCGGGCAGGGGCAAGCCCGAGGACUGGCCCCCCGAGAUGAAGGCGUACGUGCAGCGCUGCUUCACGGCCUGCGAGUCGGAGGAGGACAAGGACAGGACGGAGAAGCUGCUGAAGGAGCUGCUGCAGGCGCGGCUGCAGGACGGCUCGGCCUUCACCAUCGACUGGAGCCGCGAGCCCCUGCCCGGGCUGGGCCGGGACGGCUCCUCCAGCCCCAAGAAGAAGCGCUGGGAGCUGCCCCCAGCCCGGCCCGGCCCGGCCCCGGGGCCGCCCCCGAGCCCCUCCCAGCGCCCCCCGGGCUCGGGGGGCCCGGCCCCCGCCCAGAGAGGGGGUCCCGGGGGGUCCCGGGCCCGCGGGGGCGGCGCCUUCCCCACCAAGUUCGGGAACCGGAACGUCUUCAUGAAGGAGAACAGCUCCUCCUCCAGCGGCUCCCGCUCGCGCUCCCGCUCGUCCUCGCGCUCACCGGGGCGCCGCUGCCGCCGCAGUGACUCCGACUCGGACUCGUCGGCUUCGGGGGCCGAGCCCCGGCCCGGGGGGCGCCGGGGGGGCCCCCCCAAACCCCGCGGCCGGGGGGGACCCCUGGAACGGGGCCGGGCACGGGCCCAGCGCGGCAAGAGGCCGGAGCCGGGUCCCCCCCGCCGCGCUCGCCGCCGGCCGCCCCCCGACCCCGAGGACCCCGAGCGGGAGCUGCGGCGCCAGCGCCGGGCCCAGCGCUUCCAGGGGGGCGGCGCCGGGGGGGGACACCCCAAAAAGGCCCGGCCCAACCCCCCCCCGGCCCCCGGGAGCCCCCCCCGCCCCCCCGGGCCCGGCCCCGCCGAGGGCCUGGACUGGGACCAGCUCAAGAUCCUGGGCACCUGCCAGGAGGUGACCAAACGGUACCUGAGGCUCACCUGUGCUCCUGACCCGGCCACCGUGCGGCCUGUGCCUGUUCUGCGUCAGGCGCUGGCGCUGGUUCGCUCCCACUGGCAGCAGCACCGCGACUACGCCUGGGCCUGCGAGCAGCUGAAAUCCCUGCGCCAGGACCUGACGGUCCAGGGCGUCCGCACCGAGUUCACGGUGGAGGUUUACGAGGCGCACGCCCGCAUCGCCCUGGAGAAGGGCGACCACGAGGAGUUCAACCAGUGCCAGACGCAGCUGAAGGCGCUGUACGGGGAGAACCUGCCCGGCUGCGUGGGCGAGUUCACGGCCUACCGCAUCCUCUACUGCAUCUUCACCAACAACUCCGGAGAACUGACCACGGAGCUGGCCCUGCUGCCCCCGGCGCUGCGCUCUGACCCCGCCGUGUCCCACGCCCUGGCCCUGCGCGCCGCCUGGGCCCUGGGGCUCUACAGCCGCUUCUUCCGCCUGCACGGCUCGGCCCCGGCCAUGGGCCCGCGCCUCAUCGACCUGUUCGCCGAGCGCGAGCGGCGCCGCGCCCUGCGCGCCAUCAUCAAGGCCUACCGCCCGGCGCUGCCGACGGCCCAGCUGGGCCCACUUAUGGGGCUGGAGCCCCCCGAGCGCCGCCGCUUCCUGGGGGGGCUGCCCCUCACCUUCACCGGGCCCGACCGCGGCGCCAUCGACUGCCGGCAGAGCCUGGCAGCCCUGCCCCACAUCUGAGCCACCGCGACCCACGGCAGCCUCGGCGGGGCCGUGGGCACAGGGAGGGACCCGUGGGGCGCGGAUCUGCCCCACGGCCGCGGCUGCCCCAUGGCUGCUGCCCCACAGC